AGCAUUGUCAUUGGUCCAAGGAGCUUAGGUGUGUAACUUCGUUGCGUGAACAAACAAAACAGAAGAACUAAGAGAUCUGUGGCAAAGUACCUGGAAAUGGCGUGGGUUACGACGAGAAUUAUUUUUAGUCCAAUUCUACGACAGACAGUCAAGAAAGUUCUAUUUGCAGCAGAAGCACGUCAGUUGCAUUGCCAAGUCAGUGUCAAGAAACUUUUCUUACCAUCAGCACAGUUUACUAGGUCAUAUGCUGAGAAGAAAGUAUUUACACGUGACAAACCACAUUGUAAUGUGGGAACUAUUGGACAUGUUGAUCAUGGAAAAACUACACUAACAGCAGCUAUUACAAAAGUCCUCGCUGACAAGAAAUUGGCUCAAGCGAAAGGUUAUGCAGAAAUUGAUAAUGCCCCAGAAGAACGUGCGCGUGGUAUCACCAUCAAUGUUGCACAUAUUGAAUACCAGACCGACAGUCGCCAUUAUAGUCAUACAGAUUGUCCUGGUCAUGCUGACUAUAUCAAGAACAUGAUCACAGGUACAGCACAGAUGGAUGGAGCAAUACUGGUAGUUGCUGCAACUGAUGGAGCCAUGCCACAGACAAGGGAGCACCUUCUUUUAGCAAAGCAGAUUGGUGUAAAUCACAUAGUGGUCUUUAUAAAUAAGGUUGAUGCUGCAGACAAGGAGAUGGUAGAAUUAGUUGAAAUGGAAAUGAGAGAGCUCUUGACUGAAAUGGGAUAUGAUGGUGAUAACAUACCAGUGAUAAAGGGUUCUGCCCUCUGUGCACUUGAGGGCAGGAAUCCUGAAAUGGGUGCCGAGCCAAUUUUGCAGCUUCUGGAUGAAAUUGAUAAGCACAUACCUACACCCAUAAGAGAACUGGAUAAACCAUUCAUGCUUCCAGUGGAGAAUGUUUACUCUAUACCUGGCCGUGGCACUGUAGUCACAGGACGGUUAGAAAGAGGAACUCUCAAGAAAGGCGCUGAUGUAGAAUUCAUAGGCCACAACAAAAGUGUCAAAACUACUGUUACUGGCAUUGAAAUGUUUCAUCAAAUACUGGAAGAAGCUCAAGCUGGAGACAAUCUUGGUGCAUUGGUAAGAGGUGUGAAGAGGGAUGAACUUCGCCGUGGGAUGAUAAUGUGUAAACCUGGUACUAUGAAAGCUGAGGAUCAUGUGGAAGCUCAGGUUUACAUUCUGAGUAAAGAGGAAGGAGGAAGACAUAAGCCAUUUAUGUCAUAUAUUCAACUGCAGAUGUUCUCAAAAACAUGGGACAUUGCAUCACAAAUUGUAAUACCCGAAAAGGAAAUGGUAAUGCCAGGAGAGGACGCAAAGUUGGAGCUGAAAAUGUUCAGGCCAAUGGCAUUAGAACAAGGGCAGAGGUUCACACUCAGAGAUGGAACUGCGACACUGGGAACAGGUGUUAUCACAAAAGUACUGAGUCGGCUUUCAGAAAAAGAAAGGAUGGCAUUAACAGGAGGAAAGAAGGCACGUGAUAAGCUUGCAGAAGAAAGCAAAUAAAUAACACAGACAUUAAUAAAAUUAAUGUAGAUUCAAAAUAGACUGAUUCUGCUGAAACAUACAGUCUCCAGUGGCCAUUGUACAUAUGAAUUACUACGUAAUUCUCCAGUCACUGUAAAAUGUUCCAGAAAGAAUUGCAAAAGACAGUGAAUGUUCUGAACAGUGCAUAUAUUGUGAAUUGUUUUGUGUUUUACCUGUUGCUUCUUUUGUGAAUUGUUCACAAAUCAUAGUUGUGUACUGACAGUUUUUUUACAUGUAAUGUUUGUUUAAAAGUGCAUUAGCAUCUCUGAUUCUGAGCUACACAUUAAGAUGAUAUGAGCCUGGAAAUUCGAAGUCUUGUGAGGAAUGGUUUAGCUACCAUUUCUUUCAUGUGUUUUCAAUCAAAACAGUUGAUGUAUUAGCUAUACAUUGACGACGACAAACUUUCAUCUCUGAAUAACAUGCAUCAUUGUGAAAAUCUUUUUUUUUUGAUCAAGUAAUGUGAACUCAUAAUAUUAUUCUUAUAAUGAAAUUUAUUACUUCCUGUGGUAGUUAUUGCACUUAAAUUUAAGUUGUGUCACAGUAAAUGGACCUUGUUUCAUCUUUUCCAAGUCUAUAAAUGUUACAACUGGCAUGUGUACUGUUUGACAGAGUAUAUAAAAAUUUCCACUCU